AUGUAUAAAAUUCACCAUCAAAAGUUUUUGAAGUACUUAAGCUUCUCAUUCAUAGGAAUUAGUGCAGGAUGGGUUUAUUAUCAAGUGAAGAAAACUCGCCAAAUACUAGAAAAUACCAUAGACACUUCAGUACUAAAAUGGAAACCAGCAUUACCUGAUGCUCAUGAUUAUAAUGAUCAAGGAGAAUUUGUGGACUUGGAACUAUUUUAUCCUUAUGAGAAAACAAAUUUAUUUAAAAACACUUUGGAUAUGCUCAAAUUUGCAUAUGCACGUAGACUAGUAAGAGUAGCAAAUAGUGGAGAUAUGACUUGCAGAACCAAGGCUCUCAAGGGCCUAGCCAAAGUAAAGAACCUAGAUCAGUGGCAUUGCUCUCUACUGGCCAAUAUGAUUGAUUCUAAAACAGCUGUUGGACUUGCUAGAUCAGGAGAAGUUGACAAAAGACUUUUUAUGGAACCACCAUUACGUUAUCAUGAUUAUAAUAGAAAUAUGUUGAUAAAUGUAAUGAGGGAUUUCUUAAUCAAUCUUCACAUGAAGUCUCAACAUCCUUGCUUGGGGUAUUUUCUGUCCAAAGUAUUUGUUUAUGAACAUGACAACAUUCACAUAGUUGAUAAUGACUCUUCUGCAUUGGAAUUGAGCAAAUUUGUCCAAUCAGAAAGUGAUAUUCUACCAAAAUGUUUGGAGUCACUCUUGCACCAUUCAAGUGUUGCUAAACAUGCAAAAGAUAUUGUAUUGCUCAAUGGUUUACCACUUCUGAUGGAAAUUCACCAUAGGUACAAACACAAUGAUGAUAUCAGAAUGAAGUUGUGUCAGAUUAUAUCAUUCUUGUCUUAUGAUAAAAGUCUUUUGGAACCCAUUCAUAAAUCAGGUUGGAUAGGAAUUCUGUCAGAAUGGGUAAAAGAUGAAAAUGUGCGCAUAUCCAUACCAGCUGCUAGGGCUCUUGCAAAUUUGGACAUGGAUGAAAAUGUAUAUUAUUCCCAACGUUUGUAUCUAUUACACCCUGUAAUGAGAACUGCUAAAAAACAAGAUGUAGAUGUGGUUUUUGUGCAUGGACUUCUGGGUGGUGUAUUUUACACUUGGAGACAAAGAAAUAAACAGAAAACUGCUGUUGGUAUCAUUGGUAAGAAUGAAAAAAGAGAAAGUGUUGUUCCAAGUUCAUGUUUGCCUGCACAUGAUACUAAUAAAUCCCCAGUACAGUUUCUAAAGAAUCUGAAAGAGCAGAUAGAAAUUGAAGAUAUUUGCAAAGACUAUGAAAUAGUUUGGGAUGAUAUUCCUACAAAUACAACUCCCAAUGCUGAGGGGCCAUAUACAUGUCCAGGGAUAAAUUACAAGCCCCAUCAACAUGGGUGUAAUAGUUACACACAGUGUUGGCCCAAAGACUGGCUACCAGAAGACUGCUGUAAUUUGAGAAUAAUUGGUAUAAAUUAUGAUACAAGUUUAUCAAUGUGGGCUCCUAUUUGUCCAGCAGAAAAAGUUAAAUUCACAUUGGAAGAGCGUAGUGAAGAUCUCCUGGACAAACUUUUAGAAGCAGGGCUAGGCAAUAGGCCUAUAGUAUGGGUUACACAUUCUAUGGGUGGACUGAUUGUCAAAAAUAUCCUGUGUAAUGCUUUUGAGAGUUCCAAUCCUAUCGUUAAAAAUGUCUGUUUGAAUACUAGAGGUAUAGUAUUCUACAGUACUCCUCAUAAUGGAUCAAGACUAGCAAAUUUGAGUCAUGCUACUGCCCUACUACUCUGGCCAUCAGUAGAAGUACGAGAACUUAGAGAAAAUUCACCUCAGCUCAAGAAAAUCCAUGAAAAGUUCCUCAACAUUGUCAAGUCGGUCCCUAUGAAGAUAGUAACUUUCGUUGAAACGAAAUCUACGGUGGUUACUGCUAUGAAAUUCAAUUUUUUGUUGGUGGACCCGAGCUCCGGUAAUCCCGGAGUCGGCGAAUAUUACGAGGUCCCACAGGAUCAUCUUGGGAUUUGCAAACCAUUGACAAAGCAUUCAUUUCUUUAUCAAAAGGUACUUCACGUUAUUAGAGAUGUUUUAAUAAACGGUGAAACGUCCAAGCCUGUAAACAGUGAAAAUAAAGAAUAA